AGAGGGAGGCCCCCAAGAUGGCGAUGCUGGCGGAGCCCAGGAGAAAGCAGAAGUGGUCAGUGGAUCCCCGAAACAGCGCCUGGAGCAACGAUGACUCCAAAUUUGGCCAGAAGAUGCUGGAAAAGAUGGGCUGGUCCAAAGGAAAGGGUCUUGGGGCUCAGGAGCAAGGAAACCCAGAACACAUCAGGGUUAAGGUGAAAAAUGACACGCUGGGAUUAGGAGCUGCCAUCAAUCAUGAGGACAACUGGAUUGCUCAUCAGGAUGACUUCAACCAGCUUCUGGCUGAGCUGAAUAACUGCCAUGGACAGGGUGGAACAGAGUCCUCUAUGAAAAAGCAGAAAAAGACAUUCAGCCUCGAAGAAAAAUCCAAAUCCUCCAAGAAACGUGUCCAUUAUAUGAAGUUUGCCAAAGGUAAGGAUCUCUCAUCACGCACUGAACAGGACCUGUCCUGCAUUUUUGGGAGAAGACAGAAAAGUGCCAAGAGUCAGGAGGAUAUUGCUGAUCCUGACUCCCAGGAAGAGAAGAACAACUUCCUCUCCAGCCCUGGAGAUGGUUCCAGCACAGUCAAGAGUGUUCUCACUGUCCAGGAAUAUUUUGCUGAGCGCAUGGCAAAGCUGAAGGGAACCCAGAAGGAAACAGAAACAAAGGUGGUGCAUUCCAACCCAGCAGCUGAUGAAGCUGUGGAGCCUUCAGAAGAGCUGGAAACCAAAGUCAAAAAGAAAAAGAAGAAGAAGAAGAGAGAUGAUGAGGAAGAGAGGACAGAGGACUGUGAGAAACCAGAGAAAAAGCCUAAGACAGGGAGCUGGAAUGGAAAAGAAGUGGAUGAUCCACUAAAUGAGUGUCACAAAAGGAAAAAAAAGAGGAAACAUAAAGAGGAGAAUGAAGGAGAAAACAUCAGUUGUGAUGAAAAUACAGGCAAUGGAGAAAUUUCUGUGGGAAUGUCUGAGGGGGAGGAGCAGGAGGAAAAGCAGAAGAAACGCCACAAGAAGCACAAAAAGCAAAAAGAGGAGACAGAGGAGUGUGGGGAAGGAGCACCCAGGAAGAAAAAGAAGCACUGCAAGAACAUUUAACCCUUUCAGGCUCAGGGGUGAGUCUGUUAGAGGAGACUGUGUAAAAACAGCACCAAUCCAGGCCUGGACACUGCUCCAGCAGGCUGGGUCUAAACUCAGACUGGAUCUAAACUCAGGCUGGAUCUAAACCCAGCUCUCCCAAGGGAAAACAUGGUAAUGGACCAGCAGGAGCUUCAAAAGGGAUCCACAUGGAGGAUUAACACAUCAAGACUGUGAAAGGCAGGGAGUGACUUUCUGCUGCUUCACACACUGACUGUGUUUUUUCAAUCCAGGAAAAAAAAAAUUAAAAAUUACCUUAGUACUUUU